CCCCUGCCCAGUCCCGAAGCGAUGCUGGGACAGUCGUGGAAUCUGUGGGUCGAAGCUUCCAAACUUCCUGGGAAGGACGGGACGGAAUUGGACGAAAGUUUCAAGGAGUUUGGGAAAAACCGCGAAGUCAUGGGGCUCUGUCGGGAAGACAUGCCAAUAUUUGGUUUCUGUCCAGCCCAUGAUGAUUUCUACUUGGUGGUGUGUAACGACUGUAAUCAGGUUGUCAAACCGCAGGCAUUUCAAUCACAUUAUGAAAGAAGACAUAGCUCAUCUAGCAAGCCGCCUUUGGCCGUUCCUCCUACUUCAGUAUUUUCCUUCUUCCCUUCUCUGUCCAAAAGUAAAGGAGGCAGUGCAAGUGGAAGCAACCGUUCUUCCAGUGGAGGUGUUCUUAGCACAUCCUCAUCAAGUUCCAAGUUGUUGAAAUCGCCCAAAGAGAAACUGCAGCUCAGGGGGAACAGCAGGCCAAUGCAUCCCAUUCAGCAAAAUAGAGUCCCCCAUGGAAGAAUCAUGACACCCUCUGUGAAAGUGGAAAAGAUUCAUCCGAAGAUGGAUGCCACACUACUGAAAUCUGCGGUGGGGCCAACCUGUCCUGCUACUGUGAGUUCCUCAGUCAAGCCUGGCCUUAACUGCCCCUCAAUACCAAAGCCAACCUUGCCUUCUCCUGGACAGAUUGUGAAUGGCAAAGGGCUUCCUGUACCACCCACUCUGGAAAAGAAAUCUGAAGACAAUUCCAAUAACAGAAAAUUUUUAAAUAAGAGAUUAUCAGAAAGAGAGUUUGAUCCUGACAUUCACUGUGGGGUCAUUGAUCUCGACACCAAGAAGCCCUGCACACGGUCUUUGACAUGCAAGACACAUUCCUUAACCCAACGGAGGGCUGUCCAGGGUAGAAGAAAACGAUUUGAUGUGUUAUUAGCCGAGCACAAAAACAAAACCAGGGAAAAGGAAUCGAUUCGCCAUCCUGACUCUCAGCAACCACCGCAGCCUCUCAGGGACCCACAUCCCGCCCCUCCUAGAACGUCACAGGAGCAGCACCAAAACCCUCACGGAGUGAUUCCUUCUGAAUCAAAGCCUUUUGUAGCUAGUAAACCUAAACCUCACACCCCCAGUCUUCCAAGGCCUCCAGGCUGCCCUGCUCAGCAAGGUGGGAGUGCCCCCAUUGACCCUCCUCCAGUCCAUGAAUCUCCACACCCUCCCCUGCCUGCCACUGAGCCAGCUUCUCGGUUAUCCAGUGAGGAGGGCGAAGGCGAGGACAAAGAAGAGUCUGUUGAAAAACUGGACUGUCAUUAUUCAGGUCAUCAUCCUCAGCCAGCAUCUUUUUGCACAUUUGGGAGCCGGCAGAUUGGAAGAGGCUAUUACGUGUUUGACUCCAGGUGGAACCGGCUUCGCUGCGCCCUCAACUUCAUGGUGGAGAAGCAUCUGAAUGCGCAGCUGUGGAAGAAAAUCCCACCAGUGCCCAGCACCACAUCACUGGUCUCCACACGUGUUCCUCACCGGACAAACUCUGUGCCGACAUCACAGUGCGGGGUCACCUAUCUUGCAGGAGCCACUGUCUCUACAUCCCCAGUUCUACUGUCAUCCACAUGCAUCUCCCCAAAUAGCAAAUUGGUACCAGCUCAUGGAACUACGCUAAAUGCACAGCCUGCCGCUUCCGGAGCAAUGGAUCCUGUGUGUAGUAUGCAAUCCAGACAAGUGUCUUCUUCAUCCUCAUCCCCUUCCACACCCUCUGGCCUUUCCUCAGUUCCCUCCUCCCCUAUGUCCAGGAAACCUCAGAAGUUGAAAUCCAGCAAGUCUUUAAGGCCCAAGGAGUCUUCUGGUAGUAGCACCAACUGUCACAAUGCCAGUAGCAGUACCAGUGGUGGCUCAGGAAAGAAACGCAAAAACAGUUCCCCACUGUUAGUUCACUCUUCCUCCUCCUCUUCUUCUCAUUCCAUGGAGUCUUUUAGGAAAAACUGUGUGGCCCACUCUGGCCCUCCCUACCCCUCAACCGUAACGUCUUCCCAUAGCAUCGGCCUCAACUGUGUGACAAAUAAAGCAAACUCCGUGAGUGUCCGGCAUGACCAGUCAGGGAGGGGCCCCCCUGGGGGGAUCCCUGCUGAGUCCAUCAAGAGGAUGAGUGUGAUGGUGAACAGCAGCGAUUCCACUCUUUCUCUUGGCCCAUUCAUCCACCAGGCCAAUGAACUGCCUGUCAACUCCCACGGCAGCUUCUCACACUCACACACUCCUUUAGAAAAGCUCAUAGGAAAGAAAAGAAAGUGCUCACCUGUCUCAAGCAGCAUCAACAGCAACAGCAGCAGACCCACAAAGGUUGCCAAAUUGCCAGCCAUGAACAACGUGCACAUGAAACACACAGGCACUAUCCCAGGGACACAAGGAGUGACUAACAAUUCCCUCCUUCAUCAGCCAAAGGCACGUCCCUGACAGCUGAAAAUAGCACGGGGAGGAAUAAUCUGGACACUUUUGAGGACAAGUUACACCUCCACUCAGCGCUCUGGACUCCAUGAUGCCUUUGAGUCUGUUUUCCCAACCUCCCGUGGGCCUCAAGGGUAGAAACCUGCCGCCUGGCUGUUGUUUUAACAAGGAUUUCCCUGAAGCUAUGUCUGUAGCAGUGAGUACUCAUAAAGGACACUGGAUCAAGUUCAGCCACCGAAUUGCUUUUAUCAGUGUUAAAGUGGUCUGGACUGCUUGCUACCAAUCUGUGAGAAGUUUUUGUUUUUGUUUUGUUUUUUGAACUUGCAGUAUAUCAUGGAGCCACUCUUUGAGUAGAUUGGCUGGGCAAAAGAAUGUUUUGGCAAGAGCAUUACUGUAGACUUGUCUCCCUCCUCCCUCUCCCUGCCUUUUUUUUUUUUUUUUUUUUUUUUUUAAACACUGUCUUCUGUAGGUCAUUCUCCAGCAGUUAGGCACCUUAACUGGAGAGUGGGGACCUUCCAGAGGAGAAAGCACUACACCCUGAGCAACCCUCUGGAGAGGGAAUUUGGCUUUAGAUUUUUAUAGCAAUGUUCCAAGAAUGGAAUAUGGAUGUUAGUGCAAGGCCCUGUGACAGAAUAGUCCAGCCUUUUGCAGAUAAUUUGGGAUCAGAAGCUGUCAGAAGUUUCUGACUUACAAACUGGUUUGAAGCCACUGAUGCCCAGAGAGCAAGUAUAAACCAUUUUAGAGGAUUACUUUUCAUGGUACAAAAGCAAUUCUGUGUGAUUAAAAAAAGAAAGAAAAUGCAAAUUAGUUUUGAUAAAGGAAAGCCAAAUUGGGAAGGAGGGAGUGGGUGGGAAAGGUAAAAAUCACUAUAAGGAGAAAAAACUUUUUACAAGAUUUCCAAAGAAAUGGAAUUUUCUUAUCCUUUAAGCUUUCGUGUUAAACAGUAUGUCAGAUUGGGUUGGUUGUCCUACCUAGUCUCUUUUUUAAAAAUUGCCUUUUUAAAGUGAAAUUAUUAGGAUGUACUUAAAUGUUUCCAAGGCACUCUUUGCAUUACCCCCAUUUUCCUCUUUGGAUACUGUCCUGGGACUAAGUGUAAAUUUCUGCCUUGAGCACUCUGGGUAUUGUGUGUGUGUGUGUGCCCACGCUCCCUUAUGCCACUACAGAUCUUUAUUUGGAUGCAGUUGGGGUAGGGAGCAGACCCUGAGGGAGGGGAGUUGGAGAAUGUGUACACUUACCCACAUGCAGGUUUUAUUUGAUGUGCAUAUGGUAUUUCCCUGACUACAUACUCCUUUCUUGGGAUUAAUGCCAGCCAUCUUCCUGAGAGAGUUCUGGAGCCCUCUAGAAUAUUUUUUCAGGUACUCCACCCCCCAAAAAAGAACUUAAUAUGUUAAAACAGCAUUGCUUGAGAAGAUGUCAUUGAAUUUUGGGGAUGAGUUGGGGCCUUUUAACGGGUGAUUCUACCACAACAACUCCUGAAACGGGAACCAGGCACUUUUGCUUAUUAGAACACACAAAGUUGCCGAACACAGGGUAAAAUUUCCAAGGCUCUGAGCAUUGCCCUGGCCAGUGCCUAGACAGAGCCACUCAGUGCAUACUUUUUUUUCCUAUAAUUCUUGGAUUACAUACUUCAGUUUCAGGGAAUUUCAAGUCAACAACAGGUAGAAUGAAUAAAUACUUGGUUACCAGCCUAAUAAUGUGAAUUGCUACAGAACUAUUCUUAUUAUGUAAGAAAACAAAAACUUUAUGCAGAUACUUUAGCUAUAAAUUGAUGUAAAAUAUUGAUUCUUUUUUUAAAGGAAGGGGAGAACAGUAUCUUGUUCACUUAUUAUGCAAUCAACCAGUAAAUGCUUUUAAAAUGAUACUAUAGGAGAGCUUAGUAAGGAGAGAGCAUGGAUGGACCAGUUUGGGAUAGUGAAGAGAAAUCAGUCUGAUUGUUCCAUCCCAGUGAGUGGAGAGAAAGGAGCUAAAGAGGGAAUCAGAACGUACCUAGUUGAUUCCUUGGCGACAAGUGCAAUGGGGUAUAUAGAUAGAAUUUAUUUUCAGAGCCAAGGGGACUUGAUGGUUAUAAAUAAAGUUGCUUUUAUCAGUGGAAUUUAUAGACAGAUCAUGUUGUUCCAAAAGAUGUGAAUAGGAUCCACAAUAGCAAGUUGAUUCAGAAUAAUGUAGAUAUUUAGAUUAGCGAGUAUUGAUCAUUUGAUUUCUUAGACUGAAGUUUUCGUUGAAUUUCAUUAUGUCUCCCGGUAGUACACAGAGCAUCGGGAUUAGGAUAUUAGCCAUUUUGGAUUCUGCCUGCCACAAACAGACCUAUUCUAAACAGUGCUAUUAAAUUUUAGACUGUUGUUCAAAUGUUUUAUUUUCUCCUACAACUACUUUUUAUUAUGAGGAACAAUUAAGACCAUUUAAAACAAGGGAAUACAAGUAUUUUUUUGAAUUAAAUUAACUUGGAAAAACCAAAUUUGCAGUGGUUGGGUUGUUUCUAGACAGACUUUGGUAUCAAUUUAAAACCAAGAUAAUUUUUAUAUUCUUUCCAAUAGAAUUUCAUGACAACUCCUGCAGUUUUCUUAGCCUACAAAAAAAUAAAAAGUGCUGCAAUGAUGAACAAAGAAUUAUACAAAACCUACUUUUGUAUCUUUAUUUUGGAAUUUCUCAUUCUAUUAUAAAUAUGGAAGUAUCCCUAUUUCAGAAGACAUAUUUUGUUAAAAAUGAAUUGUACAUAUUUAAAUAUGUAUUUUUGCACAGGUCUUUUUUUCCGAUAUCCUGUUUUGGUACAAUUGAGAUCAUCUAGUAUUUAUUUAUUAAUUAAUAAAAGUAAAUACCUUUUUAUAAUUUGAAGUGGUUCACUGCCAAGCCAAUAGUUCUAGAAUUUGCCUCCUUUACAGUUUAAGGGAUGCCUCUGUUCUGUGAAAGUCUUUGUCCCUUUUAAUGUCUCGGGAGUGGAUUCAUACAGAUGAAGUGGGCAUUGCUUCUCCCUAGUUGCCUGAUUUCCCGAUAGACUAAGUGACACACUGCUUUUCUUUUGUUAGUGUUUUAUGUGUGAAUGUGUGUGUAAGUGUGCGUGCGUGUGCCUGUGUGUUUGUGUGUAUACUCUCUGAGCACAUGUGUGUUAGUAUGUGAUGUGGUUUAAAACUAAUGGAAAAAACUGAAAGUGCCUGAACCUAGUUUUAAGCUUAGACAGAAUCUCUUUAAAAGACUUGAAUGUUCAGUUGAACUUUUAGAGUUUGCUUUUUCCACCUAAAUAUUGUUUCUGAAGUUUUAGGGGAGGAGUAGAAAACCACCAAUGCUGGUAAUUCUAUAAGGUAUUUUAAAAUUCAGACCUUUUGGUUCACAGUAAUUCAGCUGGUGAUGGAUUGCCUGGGGCACCAAGGGUUACUGAUCUUUUUGUCAGCCAGCAACUUACACAAUGUGUUCGUUUUGUUAUUCACUCAUGAAAUACAGCGUUUAAAAUAGAAUACUUAAAAUAUUUUGUAUUCCAAAAAUAAAAUACAAAGAAGUACCUCUGAGAACAUGGAAAAAAAUGUAUAAUUUGAAAAAUGUAACUUAUAAAGGCAGCUGUCUUCCUGCAAGAGUUCUGUUGCCAAGGAAUUUCUUAAUGUCUCAUUUUGUCCUGGGGGUGAGGGGGUUGGGCUUUGAAAAUUGAUUGUUAAAAGUUUCAUUGUUUAGCAGAAAAUAAUCAUUUUUACAUUUUGUGCAAAACAUUUUACAUUUUCAGAUCAUUUAAAUGAGCACUACAUACUGUUGGUGUGAAUGUAGGGCCUUGAGAGCAUUUUGCUAUGUUUUUUUGAGCUUCGUUAUAAAAGCAAUCUCCUGUGUUAAAAUGUGUGAAUAGUUUGAUAAUUUGUACACAUAAUCAAGAGCAUCUCAGCUGGACUUUGUGUUGGCUGCUGUAUAGAACAUGAACAAAUGUCAAGGGAUAGAAAAUUACUUUGGAUAUUUAAAAGAGAAGAAAUAUAUAGUCUAUUUGUUUUGUAACAAGUUUCUGUAAAUAAAAUAAUUUAUACUAUUUAUAAGAAAAAGUUGUGCUUUGCUUUAUGACAAAUUAGUUUGUGGAACAAACAUGUUACUAAACGGGCAAUAAAAUUAGGACUUCUCAAUAAAUAAGGUUGGCUGCAUGAAAUA